GAGUCCGGGACAUUAUACUGACUGUCGGUAAAAUCACGUGAUAUACUCGUAACAAGGAAGUGUAUAGUUCAAGUUGUACCGACACAGAAACAAAAUGGUGGCAGUUAACAGUCUGUAGGCAAAUUAUUCCUUCAAACUCACUAAAGUACCAACACCAUGGCAAGUAACAGGUCCGUACGGCGUGCCCAGGAACCCGUUACCUACACGUGUGCUUUGUGUGACAGUGAAGACGGGGUACGAUGGUAUUGCAACGAUUGUCAGGAGAAUUUAUGUGACCGGUGUAAGGAAACCCAUAUACGCGGAAGGAAAACUAAAAGCGACGACGUCGUGGCGAUAGGGGAGGCUAACCGCCAGGGCGACAAGCCUGUACCAGAGGUAUGUAAACUACACUCCGGUAAACUGUGUGAUCUUUAUUGUUCGGACUGCAACCUGUUGAUUUGUUCGAUGUGUUUAUCUAAAACUCAUAAACACCACAACUGGAAACAUUUUGAAGACGAAUUUUCCAUUAAAAAGCAACAUCUCAAAGAACAUAUGACAGCAAUUUCUGUUAAAAUAGAACAUUUCAAGAACGAGACAUCAGAGCGACAUCGUGUUAACGAAGGGUUCAACGACAACAUUGAUACAAUGAGGAAAGAGGUGAACACUCAAAGGACGAAGUUAAAGGCAGAAGUAGAUUCUAUCGCUGAUGCAAUACUCGCUGAAUUAUCAGCUUUAGAAAAAGGAGAAUCAACCAUGCACAAGACAGAUUGUCAGCGAUCAGAGAAAAAAGUCGAAGAACUGACGGGUCUGCUUGAACAAGCGGAAAUGACGAAUACAUCAAGCGUAUCCUUGUUUGAAACAGAAAGGUCAUUGAGGACAACUCUGCCCCUGUAUGACGUUAAUGUGAAAUAUGUUUCACCAAAACAACCAAGCUUUGUUACCGGAAGUACCGACCGCGUCCUGUUGACGGAAAUGUUAGGUGAAUUACACCACGAGAACCAGUACGAGAAGACAGACAUCGACAGUAAACACGUUCAACGUCUCUCUAAGUUUACUGUUACUCCACAAAAUACAUUAUACGGUAUAUGCCCAGUCGACGACAGUCACGCGUGGUUAUCAAUACACCAAUACCAGGGUCUGGUACUGGUUAACAGGGAUGGUGUGGUCAAAGAGACAGUAAAACUGGACUUCUGUCCGUACAUGAUCCCCAUGGUCGGCACAAAAGACAUACUUAUGACCAGUAAUCCAAUUUGUACAUUUGUAUACAAACUAUCACUACACAACAAACAAGUGACAACAUUUGCUGACAUCAGGCCACAUAAAGCACGGGACAUCAGUAUUAACGAGAAGGACGAGGUGUUUGUUAGUACAGACACACCAGACAUAGUGGUACUGAAUCAGUCAGGUACGGUUAUACGGAAGGUCAGUAUUGGAUCAGAAAUAAUAAGGUACGUUGUCUGCUUGUCAUCGGGACGAUUGUGUGUAGUUCAAACAAUCGGAGGAAGCUGGACUGAUAGGAACAUAAAUAUAACAGACGAGUCAGGUACCGUCAUACAGACAUGGACUGGUGAACUCGACAACGGACAAAAGGUCGGUAGUAUGCAACUCUGUAAGAUGUCAUUUGAUAAGCGCGAUAGAGUUUUUGUACCAGAUUACAAGAACAAUCAGGUGUACAUCUUACCGAGAGACGGUAAACAAGCUGUGUGUCUCUUGGACCAGAGACAUGGAGAGUUGGAACCUACAGCGGUGGGUGUGGACACGUGUGGGAACGUGUGGGUCGGGUGUUAUGAUGGUACCGUACACGUAAUGGGACUGUAACACGAGGAUAUAGUACAUGAUGAACACUUGACCUCGUCGUACAAUAAAACAUUAUGUAGAUAUCAUUCCACGAGAGUUCACCGAUAAAUGAAGUAUAAAAUAUCCUCAAAUAUCGAUUCAGAUUGUACAAACAUUUGAACAGUGAAUGUAUUAGUGUAACAUGACCGUGGUAAUCUGACAAACAUAAGUAACUAGAUUGUUUAUACCAACCGACACUGUAUGAUCAUUGAACUAAUCAACAAAUGAAUAAGUGAUCUUGACCUUUGUUGUGUGUGAUUUUGAAGUUUGUCUUUCGUUUUGAAUUAUUUCAUUUCAUAUUAUGACGGAGAAAGAUUGAGUGUGAGACAGAUCUAGGAGAGAAAGAGAGAGGGAGAAAUAGAAAACAUUUGAGACAGACAGUCAGAGAUAGAGUGACAGGCGGAGAGGGAAACAAACACAAUAUCAAUAUUUAUGAGUGCUUUGUAUAAAAUGUAUCUUUAUGGUUUGUUUCUCGAAAAAAAAUCGAUUCCAAAUGACAUAAACAUCUAAAUACAUUAUCUUAAUUGGCUUUAGAUUUGAAUACUUUUCUAAGACCAAAGAAACAUAUGUUUAUUUCCUGUUACCUACCCUAUAUGUUGUGCUUACCCUAACAUUUUUUUCUUUUUCUUUUGCAAUCUAAAGAAAGCAAUGCUAAAGUAAAAAUCACUAUGCUAAAUAAAAAAAUGACUUCAAUCACCUAUCCUCAUUUGUUUUCAAACAUGAAACAGGAAACAUAUAUAUGUUUUUGCUUUUUAUUCUACCCAUGCAUGAAUGUUUAACUAUUAUGAUUAUCUAACAACUAUUGAUCAAAGUGUGUAACACAGAUGUUUACAAAAUGCAAUCGACCGGUAAAUGUAAGGUGAUACAGGUUUGGUUGAGUUGUUUUAUACCUUGUAGUAUUGAAAUGUAACAAGAAUGACUGAUACAUUUUGAUUUGUAUUUACAUUGUUAUAACCUUUAAACAGACAUGUAUAGAUAUAACACUGAAUAAAAGCUCCCAUUGUA